CAUGGCACUGCAUCUGACUACAGAGUGUGUUGCGCUCGUGGCUGCGUUCAACAGGAGUCAAGAGACAAUCACGCGCAUUUAAGAACUUAGAAGCGAUUUACUUAUCGAUAGAGAAGACUACACAAUUCUUCAGUCGGUUCAUUUUGCAUCGAUUUUCACCAGAUCGACCAUUUAUAAGUGACAUGUUGCCGUUUUCCGCUUGAGCACAAGACUCACUUGCGCGCGUUUGGAGCAGUGUGCAUCGUGCGCGGUCUCCAGUCCACUUGAGAUAUUUGACAUCAGAAGAUUUCUGGACAUUUUCGCCAUGGCACCGCCACAGAACGGAUCUAACCUAACGGGGAACUUUACAAACCAGUUCGUGCAGCCGCCGUGGCGCGUCGCGCUCUGGUCUGUGGCGUACAGCUCCAUCCUGGCAAUCGCGGUGUUCGGGAAUCUGAUCGUCAUGUGGAUCAUUCUGGCUCACAAGCGGAUGCGAACCGUCACCAAUUAUUUUCUGCUCAACCUGGCGUUUUCAGACGCAUCGAUGGCCGCCUUCAACACUUUGAUUAAUUUUGUUUAUGCCACGCACGGUGACUGGUAUUUUGGAGAAGCCUACUGUAAAUUUCACAACUUUUUCCCCGUCACCUCCGUGUUUGCCAGCAUUUACUCCAUGAGCGCAAUAGCAGUCGACAGGUACAUGGCCAUCAUCCAUCCCCUGAAACCACGACUCUCAGCCACAGCUACUAAGGUGAUCAUUGUGUGUAUUUGGGUGCUGGCUGUGGUUCUGGCCUUUCCUCUGUGUUUCUUUUCAACCAUCAAAAAAUUACCCAAGCGGACCCUCUGCUACGUUGCCUGGCCGAGACCUUCAGAGGACCCUUUCAUGUAUCAUAUCAUAGUGGCAUUACUGGUGUACGUUCUGCCACUGGUGGUCAUGGGAAUUACCUACACUAUUGUCGGGUUGACGCUUUGGGGAGGAGAGAUUCCUGGAGACUCAUCAGACAACUAUCAGGGCCAACUGCGAGCCAAAAGGAAGGUGGUGAAAAUGAUGAUCAUCGUAGUGGUGACCUUUGCCAUCUGCUGGCUGCCAUACCAUGUAUAUUUCCUUGUUACGGGGUUGAACAAGCAGCUGGUUCGAUGGAAGUUCAUUCAGCAGAUCUAUUUGUCCGUCAUGUGGCUUGCCAUGAGCUCCACCAUGUACAACCCCAUUAUUUACUGCUGCCUGAACAGCAGGUUUCGGGCUGGAUUUAAACGUGUUUUCCGCUGGUGCCCUUUUGUGCGGGUGUCAGACUAUGACGAGCUUGAGCUGCGGGCCAUGCAGCAUAAAGUUGCGCGCCAGAGCAGCAUGUACACACUCUCAAGAAUAGAGAGCACCGUCGUAGCUGUGUGUGACCCCUCGGAGCCAACAGGCCACCCAGGCCGGAAGAGCCUUCACAACCACCAGCACAACGGCUGCUCCAACCCCACCAAGAGCAAAGAAGUAACGUAUAUGCCAAGCGACCUGAAGGAGGAAUUCUGCUGAGAUGGACUUUGACAUUUCAUUGAAACUCUGCUGGAAAGCUGGUGUUUCGUUUGUACUGUUGAAUGAAGCUUCCAGCUGAGCAGCAGUGAGGGGUCUGUUUCUCAAACUAGAGACUGUGAUGUAUUUGUCCUCUUGUUGUUGGUCAUGGGGCCGUUCACAUUCUGUCCUGGUUAGAUAUAGUUUGCUCUCUUCUUUAGAGACAGUAGUCAUGGAACAGCCAUCAUCUCACGAAAGAACAGACUAUGACAUUUCUUGGAAAAAAAUAUGUUUGUGUCUGGCCUUUUCUAAAACAAAAUAUGACACAUAUGUUUCAGAAAGUGAAAAAACAUUGUAUUACAGUACAUUAGAAUGGUUUCAUAAUUUAUAUAACAAAAGACUGGAGUAAUGGCUGAUAGAAAUGAGGCUUUGCAUGUAUCAGAAGUAAAAAUUUGAUUUAGUAAAUAUAAAUGUUAAUAAAAGCAUAAAAGUAAAUAUAAUAUAUAAAGUUAUAAUAUUUUAAUAAUAAUACUUAUUAUUAUUGUUGUUGUCAUACCUCAUUUUUUUUUGUAGUCUUGUCAAAAAAAGAAAAACAAACAAACCCAAAUAAAUCAGGUUGACGAUAAAAGGUUUUGCUUAAAAUGAAGGAAAUAAUUUUGAUACCUGGAUGGACUCUUACCUUGUUCAGCCUCGGAGUGAUGCAAGUGCCCCAUUUAAAUUUCUCUCUUAUCUUGUCCUUAGGUUGUUUUCCAGGGUUUGUACUCGACUCUCAUGAUAUACUUCAAGUCUGUGCUCUUAUUUUAAGCUCUGUAUUAUGGGAACGUAAUGGGGAGGGCUCAUAUAUUUAAACAGGUUAAUAGUUUUCCCCCAAAAAUGAAAAUUCUGUCAUUUACUCACCCUAAUGUUGUUCCAAACCUGUAUGGAUUUAUUUUUGUUCUGCGGAACAUGAAAGAAUGUAUGUUAAAGAAUGUUGCUUACAGUGACUAUUGACUUCCAUUGUAUGGACAAAAAAAAAAAAAAGAACAUUUGCAGCAACAUGAGGGUGAGUAAAUGUUCCCUAUAGGGUUGCUGUUUAUUAUUAUUAUACAUUUGCAUAGAUCACACUCACAGUGGAAGUUUCUCCAGCAGAGUAUAUAUUGUUUUCCUCCAUUCUCUUCAUUUUACCCAUUUAGAAGCAAUUAUGAGGUAAUUCAUCACUAAUAAACACAAAAUAAGAUCUAUAGCUGGCAUAUACACAUUGAUUGGUUAAGCUAAGGAGUGCUCGCCACAAACUGGAAUCUUAAGUUGUUCCCUGGAAAACAUGUCUGGAGGCCUUGGUAUGCUCACCCUCACUGCAUCACCAAUUGCAAGUUUAAUGGAUUUUUUCCAGGUGAGGAAAGCCAGCUGUGGCCACUCAGAUAAAAACGGUUUGUGCUCACUGUUUGUGCACAUGUGUGCACCCAAACACGUAUGUGUAACUACAUGCAUACAGCAUAUAUUCAUCAUAAUAUAGUGAUUUGUUUUUAAUAAUUGUAUUUUCUUAUUUUUUGUGUUUUUAUUGUGCAUUUUUUUCUAACACUUUGUGUCAUACUCAUGGUAAAACAUAGGUUAGAUUAAUGUGGGCAUAAUUAAAGUAUGCCAGCCUUUAAGAAAAAAAAAAGAAGAAAACAUUUAUUAUUAUUAUUUACAGGAAAAAGUAUGUGAAUCCCUGUAGAUAUCCUUGAUAACACAUAUGAUUAAGAAUGGAUAAAAACUGUACGAAAGUAUUUUUUAAAGCCUUGAUGUUCUUAUACAAAAUUGUUUUAAAGGUGGUGGUCAGUAAAUGUUUUUAUCUAAUAAUUGAUAUAAUAAAAUAAUACUUUUAUUUGUCAAGGAUAAAUUAUUUUGAUAAAAAGUGACAAUGUUACAAAAUAUUUAAAUAAUUAAAUGUAAAAUAUUUAAAUAAAUGCUGUACUUGCUAUUUAUAUAUAUAUAUAAAAAAAACCUGGAAAAAAAAAGUUUCACAGUUUUAUAAAUGUUUAAUAAAUUUGUGGAAAUCUGUUUGUAGACAUUUCUGAGGGAUCAUGUGACACUGAACACUUGAGUAAUGAUGCUGAAAAUUCAGCUUUUCCAUCACAAGAAUAAAUUACAUUAAAUUUUACAGUUUUAUUGUUUUUACUGUAUUUUAAUGCAGCCUUUAUAAAUAUUAAAAUUUUACCGACCCCAAACUUUUGAAUGGAAGUGUACAUUUCACUGUAUAUAAAUAUUUAAAGAGUCAUCAAUGUAAUGAUUAAUCAUGCUUCUACCUUUAUGAAUACAGACUAAAUAACCUAUGGACAAAUAUAGAUUAAUGACUCUCACAGUUACAAUAUUAAAGAAGAUCGUCUAUGUCCUUUGAUGUUGUUUGAACAAAAGCACUUCUGGCAUUUUGUGGCCUGGUUUCUUGUCUCAUAUCAGCUCUUUCAAAGACUUGCAUAGUUCUUUGUCCUUUAAGUGACUUUCCUUGACUCUUGAACCUUUUUUGUUGUUGUUGCAUUAGUUUCUAUGUUUAGUGUUCAUUUUGUUGAUGUUCGACAUCUUACAUAUCAGUAAUCUUUAAUUUGUGCAUAGCUGCACUACUACAAGCCUAUAACCGAUGUUCUUGUAAAUAGGCCAGUGCACCUGCCUGGUGAAUGUGCUAAGACCAUUUGAAAGUAUUAAACAUGAAUGUAGAAUACGUCAUGGACAUGUUUUGACAGUGUUGCACAUUCCUAGCAUUGCUAACAGACAAUGAAUGAAUGAUCACUCCAUUAUCAACUCCCAUCUGUCUAAGAGAACACUUGUGAAUGUAUACAUGUCAAAGCACCGGAGCAUGUCCUUAUUGCCUUAUCACCGUUUCUGAAGUUAAAAAGGCCCCAUAUAUCCUUAAUGGAAUGCAUUCAGCAACUGAACAGUAUGUCAUAGUUUGUCAUGUAUUUUGUCGAUUCCAGUGUGUACCGUUUAAAGAGACAUAUUUCUGUUUUUUUUCCUCCCAAAUGUUUAAAUGUGUUUGAGGUCUGAGGCUCAAUGGAUUUUUGAGCCAUUCGUAUUACAAUUGAACACAAGGACAUUUGCUUUUCUGUGUAUAAUGUAGUUAUGUAAGCAUAACACUCUGUACUUGUGGAUGUUUGUGUUGGUUCUUACGUGUAUUCUCUAAAACAGUAUUAUAAUAUUUUAUUAGAUAAGCUUUGAGAUUUGUUUCAUUCCGAUCUAACUAAUGAUUGUAUAAUCAGUCAUAUAACUAUAAGCUCAAAUAUUUGUAUGCACUAUUGAUAGCUUGUGAAAAUUAGCCUUUUUAACUGAAUGUUUCAGCUAUGGUUUUCUUUUUAAAACCUUGUACAAACAAGCAAACUUGCCAUUUUCCCAGGCUAAAUGACUAUACUGGUUUACAAGCAUUCACAUUAAAGGAACAGUUCACCCAAAAUGAAAAUCUGCUAGAUGAGUUUGUUUCUUAUUUAGAAAAGAUUUGGAAAUAUUCAGCAUUACAUUGCUUGCUCACCAAUGGAUCAUCUGUAGUGAAUGGGUGCCAUCAGAAUGAGAGUCCAAACAACCGAUAAAAACAUCACAGUAAUCCACAUGAAUCCAGUUCAUCAAUUAACAUUUUGUGAAGUAAAAUGUAACUGUGUAGCUGUGUAGAACUGUGUAAUUGAAAGAAACAAACUUGCUUCUAGCUAAAAUCCACAUCCAUAAUAACGCUUCCUUCAGUGAAAAGUCUAUCCCCUGUUGUCCUCUCACAUCAAAAUCCACAAACAUAUUUUCUUUAGAAUUGUUGGACUCUUGGAUGCUUGAUAUGAGCAUAUUUCUCUCCUGAUUCAGACAAGUUGACUUUUUCACUGGAGAAAGCGAUAUUAUCCAGAAGCAAUAGUUGGGAGUUAAAAAUGUCUUGAUGGAUUUAUUACAAGCAUUAUUGCAAGGAUUAUUGUGAUGUUUUUACAAGCUAUUUGGACUCUCAUUCUGAUGGCAGCCAUUCACUUCAGUGGUGAGCAAAUGAUGUAAUUUCUCCAAAUCUGUUCCAAAGAAACAAUCAAACUAAUCUUAGAUGGUCUGAGGGUGAGUACAUUUUCAGCAAAUUUUCAUUUUAGAGUAAACUAUUCCUUUAAGGAUGAAUAAAAACAGUGGGAUAAAGCUAUAUGUUACAUUGGAAAAGUUUUUACAAAUGACUAGCUUUUUGGACAAUGGUGUUGUCUGAUUUUGCACAUGAUACAGCGUUUAUUAAUUAGUGUAAUGUUUACUGUAGUAUUUCUUAAUUUUUUUAGUUGAAUGUGUUUGGUCGAAAAGCUCUGUACUGCCAAUGUUUUUGUUAGAUAUUCUGACUCUAGUAAAAGUAUUGUAAUUGCCAAACUGUGAUUGAUGAAAAUAAAUGUGU